GCAAAUCCAAGCGAGUAAACCAACGAAGGGCGGAAGUGUUCAUGUGUUGUCAACGAGAAGCACCGUGUGUUUAGUCGUCAGUCUGUGGGAUGAUUAAAAACAAGGAUUGCGUCUGUCCAGAAACUUGACUGUCGGAAAGAUGACUGCCCAGGAGGUGCGUCUGUGUGGUCUCCUGCUGCGGGAGCACUUUGGAGAAGUGGUGGAAAAAGUGGGAACACACCUGCUCAGAAGUGGAGCACAGAAUUUAAGAACCAUCAUUCAUGAGACUGGCAUCUCACUGGACCUGGUAAAGAAGUCCCUGUGUGUACUUGCGCAGCAUGGGGUCUGUGUGUUCAGCUCAGGCCGUAAAGGAAUUGGGAGCCCCACAGAAUAUCGGACCAGCUGUAAUCAGAUUCUGAGAAUUCUGCGAUACCCACGCUACAUCUACACCGCCAAAACCCUGUACGGUGAUACUGGAGAGCUGAUCAUAGAGGAGUUACUACAGAGAGGUGACAUGACCAUGAGUAGCACGGUUAAGACAGUCGCCGACCGCCUUACACAGAACAUGGAGGAGGGUCGCAGCAUGGAUUACAGUGAAGUGUCUAAUGCCUUCUCGAAACUGGUGGAAACCCAUUUUCUUCAGCGCUGCCCUCCAAUGGUGGGAGCAGGAAAAACAGACAAUGCUACUCCAGCUACCCCCACUACCCCUGGUACUCCUGCUGCCCCUGUUAGCACCGCCCUGCCCACACCAGAGAGCUUCCCCGACUGUUACAAGGUACCUCAUGUGACACUCAUUGGGCGAGGCAAACGGCAACUCUCCAGUGAGGAUGGAGAUGACCAAAGGAAUGCAAAGAAGGCUAAAAUAGAUUCAGAGACACAUGGUGAUGAGGGGAUUUACUGGCAGGUGAAUUUUGAGAGGUUCCAUCUCCACUUCAGAGACCAGGCCAUCAUCAGUGCUGUAGCCAACAAACUGGACCAGACUAGCAGUGAGAUAGUGAGGACCAUGCUGAGGAUGAGUGAGGUGACGACUUCGCCCACAGCCACCUGCACAAAGCCCCUCUCAGCCAACGAGAUCUUCAGGUCCCUCCCAAGUAGUUACAACAUCCCCAGACCCAUCUUAGACCAGUACCUCACGCUACUGGUUGAUGACCCGAUGGAGUUUGUGGGGAAGGCUGGUGAAAGUGGAGGAGGGAUGUACGUUGUUAAUCUGCACAGAGCACUGGCCAAUCUGGCUCGCGCCACACUUGAGUCUGUAGUACAGGAGAGAUUUGGCUCCCGAUCGGCGCGCAUCUUCCGUUUGUUGCUAAGGAAACGUCAUCUGGAGCAGAAGCAGGUGGAGGAUUUUGCCAUGAUUCCAGCCAAAGAGGCUAAAGACAUGCUCUACACGCUGCUUUCACAGAACCUGGUCCAGCUACAGGAAAUCCCAAAGACUCCUGACUAUGCUCCCUCUCGUACCUUCUAUCUUUACACUGUCAACCAACUCCCAACUGCAAGAAUGCUGCUUCAGAACUGCUACAAGACAGUAGCCAACCUCGUAGAGCGACGUCUGUUUGAAAGCAAAGAGAGCAAGCGUCUGCUGGAGAAAUCCCAGCGAAUUGAGGCCAUUCUGGCAUCUCUGCAGGCCAGCGGUGCCGAGCCUGAACAGCUGACGGAGGUUGAGGAGAUGAUCACUGCUCCUGAAAAGCAACAGCUGGAGGCAUUACGGCUUCACAUCAACAAGUUAGAUUCAGCAGAGAACCAGGUAGAUGAAACCAUCUUUCUACUAGAAUCGUACAUCAACUCCACGACCACAUCCACGAGUUGAGAGUCAGAUGUACGAGCAUAGUACUUUUGCCGUUACUUUUUGUUUAUGAAUCAAGUAUGGCUGUUUUAUAGUUUAUUUGACUGGAUUGUUUCAGUUUGGAGUGAUGUAAAAUCUGAAUAGAUUAUUUUGCUUGUUUUUAGUGCAUGCAUCAGCAAAUAAAUAAACUGAGCACAAGAAUA